UUAUUCAGUAAUUCAUCGAAUAAAAUCAAAAAAAUGAACUCUUUCGCUUUCUUGUUGCUCUGCGCCCAGGCGUGCCUUAUCCAGGCGGUGUACAAGGAGUGUGGUUAUGACAAAGUUUUCGCAGCCGACGCUGCGGCUGCUGCCGCUGCUGCUGCUGCUUCAGCCAACGCUGCUGCUGCAGCCAAUGCUGCUGCGUUCAGAGGUGCUGAUUGGGACGCUAGAUGGGCCGGCCCAGUAGCAUUCGCUCCUGAGGCGUACCAUGGCCACGGUGCUGGUAACGUGGCGGUGUCGGGAGAUCUGGGCGUGGCUGGCGCUACGCUGAUCUCGGGCCAGGUACCAGUACUCGGCGACGUACAUUUCAAGGGACAAGUGCCCGCUGCUGGUGCUGUCACCAUCUCCGGAUCUUGCGGUUGCGGAUGCGGAUAUUGAUUUUGUCUUGCAAAUUUAACAAAUGAAUAAAACAACCGACAU